AUGGAAAGCGUUGUGAUUUUGAACACCUCAGGUGAUGUCCUUUUUCAAUCUAUCCAACAAAAGUAUCUUAAGUGCAUCGAUUUUUACGUACAGAAUUUGCUAAACAACGAAAGAGACAAUUUUGUUAUAUCAAAUGAUGUGCUGUUUGUGAGGUACAUCAGAAACGGACUGCACUUCUUGACAUUCACAGAAAAAAACUACUCCGUUGCCAUCUGCAUCUCUUUGCUGCAACAAAUAGCAACAGCCAUUGGAGAUCUAUGCAACGGGACGAACGAAAACGAAAUACGAACAAACCUUAUUCGAGUAAGUGAGAUUAUCGACGAAUUGACAAAAAAGAUAUCCCUUAAACCGUACCACAUUGUCUCCCCGUUAGUCUCCACUUUUUCAUUGUCUCAAAUGUUUAGUGGAAAUGAGAAUGAUGGAAUUUUUGUCGAACACAUUGAAACACUCAGCAGCAAUGGGAACAUUUCUGGUAUUAUAAACAUUAAAAGCUCUGUACCACAACAAUUCAACUUCGUGUUAAAACACCCGGAAGAUGUAGUUUUUUAUGGAACAAAACCACAGAAUGGUUUUGUAUCGAUCCCACUCUUGUUCGGAACUACUCGUGUACUCUCAUACAAAAUGCACAAAGAAGUAAACCCACCAUUUUUGAUCCAGAUGAAAGUCGAGAAAAACGAAAAUUACAUCAAAUUUGUUGUAUCAGUAACACAACGUGUAAUCGGAAAGUGCUAUUUGAUAUUCCAUCGACCAAGCCAUAUCACAACCGUGAGGACCAUUGAUGGAAAUGGGGUUUUGGAUCUUCUCAGUUAUCACGACAAAGUGCGCUAUUCCGUUAUUGGGACGGGUUCUUUGAAGUUCUCAUACCAAGAUGGUGUGGUUCCGUGUGUUUCUGAUUUCCCUUUUGUGACGGUUGAAUUUGAAGCAGAAAAGACAAUUGUGUCUGGGACCCAAAUCAUUCGCCUAUCUCCGGAGAGAAAGGAAACACCGGUUUAUCUUAAGCAAGCCACAAAACAAGGCUCUUGGACAAUAAGAGUUGUGUAA